UGAUGAUGAUGAAGAGCAUAUGGAUCAUCCAGAUCACAAGGAUGUUGGUGUACAAGUGAUGACUCAAGAGCAUAAAGUAGCCGCUCAUGCAAUGCAUGCAACACCAACAUCAAAUGAAGAGGAGGAAGGAAAUGAAGUGAGCUACGUGGCAUGGAUGGUUGUGUUCUGCGUGGUUCUAUUGAAUACGGCGGUUAAUUUGACCUGGCUCAGUGCAUCCAGCGCUCCUGAAGCUACAUCACAAUGGAUGCAGGUCUCAUUCACCUCCUUGAAUUGGUUAUCCAACAUUUGUGCCAUCCUUAAUACUGUCGUCUCGUUACCCACCGCUUGGGCCUAUGAGCGUUUGGGGAUCAAAAUCACUCUUGUCAUCGCCGGAUUUAUCAAUAUGUUUGGAUGUUGGUUGCGUUAUCUAGCCAUCAUUGUUCCUCCUCAUCAUCGCUUUCUCCUUGUCAUCAUUGGCCAAUCACUCGCUGCUAUUGCCGGUCCCUUGGUCACAAAUAUUUCAACAAAGUUAGCCGCUGUUUGGUUCCCACCAAAAUGGAGAGGCAUUUCAAAUACAUUGACAACAUUAUCGAUUGGACCAGUGAUUGCAUUAUUGUUGAUCCCUCAUUUGACUCCUGAUGCUGAUAGUACACCUUUCAUGUUUCUAGUGAUAUCCAUAAUUGGUAGCAUUGCCGCGAUUGCUAUGCCAUUUCUUCCUAGACAACCAAAAGUACCACCUAGUCAUAGUGCUACGCAGAUGCGUAUGGGUGUAUUUGAAGGCAUAAAGGUAUUAGCUAAACAAUUGGAUUUCUGGUGGCUGUUGAUUCUUUCUUCCACAGGAAUCGGAAUGGCAUUAUGCUUUUCCGCCAUCUUUGCUGAAGCUCUCGUUAUAUUUGGUUAUUCGGAACAGCAAGCUGGUAUAUGUGUCGCUGUGAUCAUCAUUAGUGGAUUUCCUGGUGGUGCUGUUACUGGUUACUGGAUGGGUAAAACCAAUGAUCAUCGUACUAUCAUCAUGAUUUUCACCCCAUUAUCCAUCUUCACAUAUAUUAUGUUCAUCUUUCAAAUUAUUCCUAAUGCUUUCAAUGUUGUCAUCCUUGCUUGUAUUGCCAAUGGAUUCUUUUCCUAUGGAUUAUUCUCAGUUUAUUUGGAACUUGCAAGUGAAAUGACCUAUCCUGUGCCUGAAAGUGUCAGCAAUUGCAUCAUCUCUGGUGCAUGUAGUAUGACCAUGUUUUUAUUCACCAUCAUCCUUGAUUGCUUGAGAGUUGGUCAUGCUUAUCCUCAAACACCAUUGAUUGCCGCUGCCAUCAUUGUUGCCGUUGGAUCCAUACCCUGUUUCUUCCUGAAAGGAGAUAUGAAACGCCUAGCCGUAGAUCAACAUUUGGAAUCAAAAUAAACUUAUCCCUUACUCAUUUUUUUUUCUUUCUUAUUUUCUCCUCUCUCUCUCUUUUUUUCUCCUAUGUAACUGCCAUCGUCAUCCAUCGUCAUUCAUCGUCAUCAAAGAAAUCAUUUCUUGUUCGUCAUCUUCCAUCACUAACAUACUGUAAUAUCGUACCAAAAUCAAUCAUCAAAGUUGUCAUCGUAAUCAUCACAUAAAAAAGAUCACAUUUUCUUUUUUUUUUUAUUAAUU